AUGAUGUCUCCUGAUGAUCCCGAUAUACAGCGACGACGUGAAGAAUGCGAGAGAAAGGCGAGACGUGGGGAAUUCACGUUUCAACUGCUUAUGGACGGAACGGGUUUGCCGAGGCAUCAGAUUAUGGACCAUAUUUUUGAAGGCAACAUGUUGGAUGAGAUUAAUCAAUUAUUCUUACCAAACAUGCGCAAUAAGCUGAUGUGGUUUUAUCAAGAAGUCGAAGAAGCAGAACACGUUCCAGAUCAUUCAGGUCGUCCAGGUCCAUCGCGUGCAACAGCUUCAUCAUCUCGCACUCCAAUCCCAGGUACAUCAUCAGCCAUGAGCGCCAGUAAAAACAAAUUAUUUUUAACUGACGGAUGGUCAUGUCCUUUUACGGGCGUCUGCAUUUACAUGUUUCGCAUCAACAUCUCCAAACAAUUACCAGAGGAAGGAUUUCAUAAAGAUCUAUACUGUGGAAUAAUUGAUGCGGAAAAAGUUGGUUUGGUAGCGUCAAUCGAAAGGAUUGUAGAAUUUGUUUUUAUGCAGGCACUGGCCUUUCCGAACAUCGAGAAUGAGGAUGAAGAGAUGAAUUGUAAUUUGAUUAAGCAGCAGCUGCUUCCCGGCUUACGUAGUUUCUGUAGUGCAUUGCGUGUUUGUGAACAAGUCUGUACCAAAAAUAACAUCUUUGAUGAUGGAAAGGUGAUUGUUUCAAAAGCAGAAAGUGUUGCUGAUGUAAAGGAUAUGUCCAAAGAUGCGGAAAUUGUUUCCGAAUUGGAGGAGCGAGUGACAAAUUGGAUUAAAAACAUCUCAAAGAUUUUAAUGGAAAGUGAACAAUUGCGUCGUGAAAAUGAUUCCAGCGGUCCACAAGAUGAAUUGGAGUAUUGGAAGCGUAGAGGUGCUCAAUUCUCGCAACUUCUCUCAUACCUUCAAGAACGCGAGGUUCAAUGGACACUCUUUUGUCUUACCGUCAACGGAUCGAGAAUGGUUAAGAACUGGAAAGAAACUGAUAAGAAAAUUACAUUCUGUUAUAAUGAGGCACGUGACAAUGCAAAAUUCAUUCAGGCUAUGGAGUCAUGUUGUCACUCACUCUAUUUGGAUGACCCUGUCACGAUGCAAGAUAGCAUUUUAAGCUUGCUACAGACAGUUCGUUUAAUUUACUCUGUUUCACAAUUCUACAAUAAUUCUGAACGUACAUCAACACUUAUGGUUAAGAUAACAAAUCAGAUGAUUGAGACAUGUAAGUCGUACAUUACAUGUCGUGGAAUGGAAAAUAUUUGGUCGCAGGAUCGCAACUUAGUUCGCACAAAACUUACCAAUUGUCUAAAAUUAAAUCACAUUUAUAGAGAGACUUACUACACUGUUAGAUCGCAACCAUUUUUGCCUGAUCAAGCGCCAUUCGCAUUCAGCGAGAACUUUGUUUUUGGAAAGUUUGACACUUUUUGUGAUCGUCUAUCAAAAAUCAUUUCAAUGUUUAAUUUAAUUGAGGAUUACAACCAUCUUUUCGAGAGACGACUUGAAGGCUUACUUUUAGGCGAAGCAUUAGAAGAAGCUAUGGCGACAUUUGAGGAAGCAAAAGUUGCAGUUUUAGUUAAGAAAUAUGAUUAUUUAGAUCACCGUAAUUUAGAAUUUAAUGAAGAUUUUGACUUGUUUAUGUCCAAAACAAAUAUGUUAAAAGAAUCAAUAGCAUCAAUGAUUGAAAAUAAUUUCGAUUCUGUUUGGGAAACACCGCAAGGUAUCCGGUUUUUGAUACGUUUUGAAAAAGUCAGCGCAAAGAUUCCAAUAAGCACAAUGAAUGAUAAAUAUGAGAGGAUAUUGAAAUAUUGUGAGAAGGAACUUGACAGAAUUUUAAAGUUGUUUAAGAAGCAACGUGAUGAUCCACCGCUAGAACGAUGCCUACCACCAAUAUCUGGUAGAAUUAAAUGGUGUAGAAGCUUAUUAUCGCACCUUAAAGAACUUAUUACAAAUAUUUCAUCACAUCCAGUACUUGCAAAUCAUCCAAUAAGUAAAGACUUAGAAAAUCGAUAUAAUUAUGCAAACACAUAUAUUGCUGAGUACGAGCAGGAAAUGACACAAUUAUGGCUUUCACAGGAUGUUUCUAUAGCCGAUGCUUGUCUUGUACAGCCUGUUCUGGCAAUACAAAAUGAUAGAUUAGUUGUCAACCUCCAUCCAACAAUUCCAUUGUUAAUUAAAGAGGCAAAAUGUUUAGCAAAAAUGAGCACCCAUGACCUGCCUAUUGUAGCUACAACAUUGUUAUGUAAGCAACAUCACUUUGAUACAAUUACGGAUUCUAUGAACGAAUUAAUUAAGCUGUACUUUCGUGUUACCAAAUCUGUAAUUCAUGAAGUCCGACCACUUUUUUUACCGCAGCUCGUGCGCUUAACAACAAUGCUUCGACCAGGAUUAAAGCAUAUAAAUUGGACGAAUUCACGUUGGAUGGAAUUUUAUGAACAAUGCAAGCAAGCUAUAAAUACCUUUGAUAUACUUGUGCAACGUGUGCAUGAUAUUUACACAAAUCGAAUUCUCUUUGUAUUGAAUUCAAUGCAGGAAAUUUCAUUACAAACACUUCCAAUCGAUGAAUUGUGGACGGUACAGAAGUUUUUGGAUAAAAAUGAAGAUGCUUGUCGUGCUGCUGCAAUUGAAUUAAAUAGAAAGAGUCAAAUGGUCGAAGAAGCAGUCGAGGAAGUGCUUGAUUUGGUGCAAAAAGCUAGUGUCAUAUUCAGAAAUAUGAUUGGACCGGAAAAUGACUUAUUUGGUGAGGAAGAAUUGAGAUUGCAAGCAACAGAAACACCAACAAAUGACAAUGACACGGGAACAUCGAAUCAACAGCAAGAUUGGAGUUUAUUAUAUACGUGUUUCGAGAAUCCGUUGUCAUUAUUUACUUCUUAUGAAGGUGGAUUACCCAAAGGACUUACGGAAAUGGUUUUUAAUGCAAUUCAUGAAAUGAGACGUUAUUAUAGUCGGAAGGUUAUUGAUGUUCUUAUAAAGGUUACUCGUGCUUCAUUGGAUCUCCUUCGUAGGCGAUUUAUAUUAGAAAGCAAUGAGCAUGAAGUAUCUCAGAAACCAAUAUUUAUAUUAAAUGCCGUCCUUAUGAUUCCAACAAUUGCCAUUCGUCCAAGUUUGGAUGAAUUGCAAGAAGCUUUAGCACAGGCUGGCAAGAACAUUGUUGGUGUAUCAAAAGGUGUUGCACAAUGGAAUUCUGGUAGAGACGAUGAUCGAUGUACGACACAAAUUAAUCCCAAAGGUCCACGCGCUGCUGUUGCUAAUGAGCGUGCUAAUAGACGACGUGUGUAUCGUGUAUUAUCUGAACAACGACCACAAAUGCCUCAUAUGGCAAAAAGUUUCUACACUUAUGUGAUGGAUAACAAGGAAGUUGUCAAAACUCUCUCACUUUUAUCACAAUGCACUAAGAAUCUAAAAAGUGAGAUUCAAGAGUUUGUCAAAAAAUGGAAGCCUUAUCAAUUUCUAUGGAAGAAUGACAAAACCAUACGUCAAUUAUUGGAAUAUACACUUCCUGAAUUCGAAACAAAUCUCCGAUAUUUAACAGAGCUUGAUGCAAAUUUAUCUGUAGAACCGGAUAUGGAAUUUUUUGGUCAAUCAUGCGUAGCACUGUCAACAGAGAAAUUGAAAUUCGGUCUCAAUAUUGAAGUAAAAGCUUUUAAGCAUAAAAUUGGUCAAGCAAUGAAAAAGAAAUACAAAAGAGAAAUGGAUUAUGUUUAUGCUGUUAUCAAUGAGAUGGAUAGGAAGCUUGAUAGACCUGUAAGAGAUCUUGAUGACGUCAGAAUGGUCAUGGAUACAUUGGGUAAAAUUCGUGACCAAGAAGUUGAUAUGGAAUUAAAAAUUGAUCCAAUUGAGGAGGCAUUCAACACAUUGGCAAAAUAUGAAAUUCCGAUUGAAAAGGAGCAUACGGAACGUGUUGAUAACUUGAGAGAUACUUGGUAUAAAUUGAAGAAUCGUGCGCUUGACACCCACUGUAAAUUGCUUGAAAUGCAGCCAGUCUUUCAAGAAGAACUCACAACCAAUUUGGAUAGAUUUAGAAAUGAGAAAAUCGAUUACGUCAAUGAAUAUAAUAAUGCUGGUCCGAUGCAGCCUGGCUUGACACCGCGUGAAGCUUCCGAUCGACUUAUUCUCUUCCAAAACCGAUUCGAUGGAAUGUGGCGUCGACUACAAUUGUUUCAGAAUGGUGAGGAGCUGUUCGGUUUACCACAAACUGAUUAUCCAGAACUUGCACAAAUUAAGAAAGAACUUAAUUUGCUACAGAAACUUUAUAAGCUCUAUAAUGACGUCAUCGAUAGAGUUUCUAGCUACUACGAUAUCGCAUGGGGUGAUGUUGAUAUUGAGGAAAUUAAUAAUGAACUUAUGGAAUUCCAAAAUCGUUGCAGAAAAUUACCAAAAGCACUCAAGGAAUGGCCAGCCUUUCAUGCUCUCAAGAGAACCAUUGAUGAUUUUAAUGACAUGUGUCCAUUACUUGAAUUGAUGGCAAAUAAGGCGAUGAAACCACGUCAUUGGCAACGAAUUAUGGAAGUCACAAAAUAUACAUUCGAAUUUGAUAGUGAUGGAUUCACAUUAAAGCACAUCUUAGAUGCACCUUUAUUAAAGCACAAAGAAGAUAUUGAAGAUAUUUGUAUCUCAGCUAUGAAGGAGAAGGAUAUUGAAGCGAAAUUAAAACAAGUAACGAAUGAGUGGUCGGGACAUGAGCUAAGCUUCAUGUCAUUCAAUAAUCGCGGUGAAUUAUUGCUUCGUGGUGACACAACAGCAGAAACAAUAGGACAAUUAGAAGACAGCUUGAUGGUUCUCGGUUCAUUGCUUUCUAAUCGUUACAACGCACCAUUUAGGAAGCAAAUCCAACAAUGGGUGUAUGAUUUAUCAAAUUCAAAUGAUAUCCUUGAAAGAUGGCUUCUCGUACAGAACAUGUGGGUGUAUCUUGAGGCUGUAUUUGUUGGCGGUGAUAUUGCAAAGCAACUGCCGAAAGAAGCAAAAAGAUUCUCGAAAAUCGAUAAAUCGUGGCAGAAAAUUAUGCAGAGAGCACAUGAGACACCUGGCGUGAUUGCAUGUUGUGUCGGUGAUGAUUUAUUAAAGCAAUUAUUGCCGCAUUUACAAGAACAACUUGAGUUGUGUCAAAAGUCACUCAGUGGUUAUUUGGAGAAGAAGAGAAUGAUGUUUCCACGCUUCUUUUUCGUAUCUGAUCCGGCAUUAUUGGAAAUUUUAGGUCAGGCAUCAGAUCCGCAUACAAUUCAGAAUCAUUUAUUGUCAAUUUUUGAUAAUACCCGCUAUGUUAAAUUUCAUGACGUUGAGUAUAACAAAAUGGUUGCUAUAAUAUCAUCCGAGGGUGAAUCAAUUCCUUUAGACCGAGCAAUUCGUGCUGAGGGAUCUGUUGAGACGUGGUUAACAUCAUUACUUCAAUCAUCACAGACAUCUUUACACUCGAUUAUACGACAAGCAAAUUCACAAAUCAAUGAUCCGAAUGUACAAAUUUUAGUCUUUUUAGAUAAGAUGCCAGCACAAGUGGGAAUACUUGGUAUUCAAAUGAUAUGGACACGCGAUAGUGAAGUUGCACUUACACAAUCUCGUCAUGAGAAGAAAAUUAUGUCAGAGACUAAUAAUAAAUUUUUGGAACUUCUUAACACUCUCAUUGACCAAACAACUAAAGACAUAACAAAAAUGGAUAGGAUUAAGUUUGAAACACUUAUUACAAUUCAUGUACAUCAACGUGAUAUAUUUGAUAUACUAUGUCGUAUGAACAUUAGGUCAUCAAAUGAUUUCGAAUGGCUCAAGCAAUGUCGUUUCUAUUUCAAAGACGAUUUGGACAAAACAUUUAUGAGUGUCACUGAUGUCACGUUCACAUAUCAGAAUGAGUAUCUUGGAUGUACUGAGAGACUUGUUAUUACUCCUCUUACAGAUCGAUGUUACAUUACACUUGCACAAGCACUUGCACUUUGUAUGGGUGGUGCUCCUUGCGGACCUGCUGGUACAGGCAAGACUGAAACGGUGAAGGAUAUGGGCAAAACAUUAGGAAAAUAUGUUGUUGUCUUCAAUUGCUCUGAUCAAAUGGAUUACAGAGGCUUGGGAAGAAUUUACAAAGGAUUAGCGCAAUCUGGUACUUGGGGAUGCUUUGAUGAGUUCAAUCGUAUUGAGCUUCCCGUUCUUUCGGUUGCUGCUCAACAGGUUGCUGUUGUACUCACAGCGAAGAAGGAUAAGAAAAAAACAUUUAUUUUUACUGACGGUGACACAAUUGAUUUAAAUCCUGAGUUUGGUAUUUUUAUUACGAUGAAUCCCGGUUACGCUGGAAGAAAGGAAUUGCCUGAGAAUCUGAAAAUCCAAUUUAGAACAGUCGCGAUGAUGGUACCCGAUCGACAGAUUAUUAUUCGUGUAAAGCUUGCUUCUUGCGGCUUCUUGGAGAACAUUACACUCGCUAGAAAGUUCUACACACUUUAUAAACUUUGUGAGGAGCAGCUGACAAAGCAAGUUCACUAUGAUUUUGGUUUACGUAACAUUUUGUCAGUUUUGAGAACUUUGGGAACCGCAAAAAGAUUAAACUGUAAAGAUAGUGAGAGCACCAUUGUCAUGCGUGUGUUGAGAGAUAUGAAUCUUUCAAAAUUAAUUGACGAAGAUGAACCGCUUUUCAUGUCAUUGGUCAGUGAUCUGUUUCCUAAUCAAAGUUUAGAGAAGACCACAUAUGCAGAAUUAGAGACGGCAAUCGAUCACCAAAUUCAAGAAGCUGGUCUCAUAAAUCAUCCUCAAUGGACACUUAAACUUAUUCAGUUGUAUGAAACACAAAAAGUGCGUCACGGUAUAAUGGUCCUCGGACCUUCUGGAGCCGGAAAAACAAAAUGUAUUCAUGUGCUAAUGAAGGCACUAACAGAGACAGGAAAGACGCAUAAAGAAAUGAGAAUGAAUCCAAAAUCCAUUACAGCAGCACAAAUGUUUGGUAAAUUAGAUGUGGCAACUAAUGAUUGGACGGAUGGAAUAUUUUCAGCGAUGUGGCGAAAAACAUUAAAGACGAAGAAGUUGGAGAAUAUAUGGCUUGUUCUUGAUGGCCCAGUCGAUAGUAUUUGGAUUGAGAAUUUAAAUUCAGUCUUGGAUGAUAAUAAGACAUUGACAUUGGCUAAUGGUGAUCGAUUGGCUAUGUCACCGCAUUGUAAAAUUAUUUUUGAACCACACAACAUUGACAAUGCAUCUCCAGCUACAGUCAGUCGUAAUGGAAUGGUCUAUAUGUCUUCGAGUGGUCUAGACUGGAAGCCAAUUCUUGCUGCAUGGCUUAAAGGACGAACAAACCGCGAGAAGCAGGUAUUUUCAGAACUCUUUGAGCAGUCAUUCUUGGCUAUUUUUACUUGGGGUACCCAAAAUUGUGAAUUCAUGAUGGAAAUCUUGCAAUGUAACAUCAUUCAACAAGUCUUGUUCGUUCUUGACGGUUUAAUACCGUACUCAAAAGAUAUUGAACAAGCCGCUACACAGUCUAUUGCCGGAAGCACAGAAGAUGAUUUACUUGAGGAAGAUGAAGCACAAUCGAAAACUGAAGUAGCAAGUCCCGAACAUCUUCAUCGUCUUUUUAUUUUCUCAAUGGCAUGGGCACUUGGAGCAUUUUUAAAUUCAAAUGACAGGAUUAAAAUGGAUACAUUUAUGAGAAAGAAGUUUAAGAGCUAUGACUAUCCAAAAGAUCCUGAAGUGCCUGAUGGUACAAUUUUUGACUUCUUUGUGUCAGGAAUUGGAGCUUGGGAGCCAUGGAAAAAUCUUGUGUCAGCUUAUGUCUACCCAGAAACAUCAACACCAGAAUAUUCAUCAAUUCUCGUACCAAUUAUCGACAAUGCACGAAUUGAGUAUUUAAUUGGAACUGUUGCUAAUCAAGAACGAGCAGUGCUGUUAAUUGGUGAGCAAGGAACAGCUAAAACUAUCAUGAUUAAAAACUUUAUGAAGAAGCAAAAUCCUGAUACGCACAUGGUACGUUCGUUCAACUUUUCGUCAGCAACAAGUCCCUUUCAGUUCCAGAAGACUAUAGAAAGUUAUAUUGACAAGCGGUUGGGAAAUACUUUUGGACCAGCGGGUGGUAAAAAGCUAAUUGUUUUUAUCGACGACAUAAAUUUACCGCAAAUCAAUGAAUGGGGAGAUCAAGUUACAAAUGAAAUUGUACGACAAACGAUGGACAUGAAGGGAUUCUUUAAUUUAGAAAAGCCUGGUGACUUUACAAAUAUUGUUGAUUUACAAUUUAUUGCUGCUAUGGGAUUACCUGGUGGUGGGCGAAAUGAUAUACCAUCGAGAUUGAAACGACAAUUUUGCAUAUUUAACUGUAAUGUCCCUGACGACACAUCAAUUGAUACGAUAUUCAGAACGAUUGGGGAAGGUCAUUAUAACUCGAAGCGUGGAUUUACAAGUGAAGUUCGUAAGCUUGUUAGAAAAUUAAUUCCACUUACUCGAUUAUUGUGGCAGGCAACACGAGAAAAAUUGCUUCCAACACCAGCUAAAUUCCAUUAUAUCUUUAGUUUACGUGAUCUGUCAAGGAUAUGGCAAGGUAUGAUUGGAACACUAUCAACAGUUAUUACGAAUGAGCAGUAUCUCAUCUCAUUGUGGAAGAAUGAAUGCACGCGUGUGUUUGCUGAUCGAUUUACGACAGUUGCAGACUAUAAAUGGUUCUCAGGAGAAUUAAAAGCCAUAGCAGUAAAGGACCUUGGCGAGUCAUAUGAACCAAUGUUUGGUCCAAGUCCAGUUUUUGUUGAUUUUAUGCGUGACGCACCAGAACCGACAGGUGAAGAAGGCGAAGAAGCUGAUAUGGAAUUGCCAAAAGUUUAUGAACCAGUCACAGAUAUUGAGAUGCUUCGAGACAGAUUAAAAAUGUUCUUGGUCCAAUUUAAUGAAAUGGUUCGUGGCGUUGGAAUGGAUCUUGUAUUUUUCCCAGAUGCUAUGCUUCAUCUUGUCAAAAUAUCUCGAGUCAUAAGACAUCCGAGAGGAAAUUGUAUGCUUGUCGGUGUAGGAGGCAGUGGUAAGCAAAGUUUAACGAAACUAGCAUCAUUUAUUGCUGGAUAUAAGACAUUCCAAAUAAGUUUGACCCGCUCUUAUAAUGUUGCAAAUUUCCUCGAAGACUUGAAACUUUUAUAUCGUACUUGUGGUGUACAAGGUAAAGGAACGACUUUCAUAUUCCAAGAUCUCGAUGUGAAGGAAGAGAUUUUCCUCGAAUAUUUGAAUAACAUUCUUUCAUCCGGUGUCAUAUCUAAUUUAUUUAAUCGUGAUGAGCAACAGGAAAUAAUAUCAGAAUUAACGCCUGUAAUGAAGCGAGAAAAUCAAAAGCGGACUAUAAAUCAAGAGACAGUCAUGGAAUAUUUCCUACAGCGUACAUGCCAUAAUCUUCAUGUUGUUUUCUGCUUCUCUCCCGUUGGAGAAACAUUCCGUCGUAGGAUUGUCAAGUUUCCUGCAUUAAUUAGCGGUUGCAUUAUUGAUUGGUUCCAACCAUGGCCGAGAGAUGCAUUAAUUAUGGUCGCUGAACAUUUCUUGACUUCAUAUGAAAUUGAAUGUGCACCAGAAGUUAAAACAGAAUUAGUAAGAGCAUUAGGUACUAUUCAGGAUGGAGUAUCAGCCACAUCAGUUGACUAUUUCCAUCGAUUCCGCCGAGCAACACAUGUCACACCAAAAUCAUAUUUAAAUUUUAUUGCUGGAUAUAAAAAUAUUUACAGCAUGAAGCACAGUGAGUUAUGUGAAGGAGCUGAAAAAAUGGACACUGGUUUAGAGAAGCUAGCAGAAGCAUCAGAAUCUGUGGAAGUUUUGAAAAAGGAUUUAGCAGUUAUGGAAUUAGAAUUAGCAGAAGCAUCUCUUAAAUCCGAGCGAGUCUUAAUUGAGGUGACAGAACGUGCCUCACAAGCAGAAGCUGUUAAAAAUCAGGUCAUGAUUGUGAAGGAAAAAGCAGAGAUUCUUGUUGCCAAUAUUGCCGUAGAGAAAGCGUUGGCUGAGGAAAAAUUGGAAGCAGCAAAACCAGCACUAGAGGAAGCAGAAAAUGCUCUUAACACAAUUAAGCCAGCUCACAUUGCAACCGUUAGAAAAUUGGGUCGUCCACCGCACUUGAUUAUGCGAAUUAUGGAUUCUGUAUUAAUUCUCUUCCAAAGAAAGCUUCAUCCAACAAUGCCUGAUACGGCCGCACCAUCACCCAAACCAAGUUGGGCUGAGAGUUUGAAGAUGAUGGCAUCGACAACAUUCUUACUUCAAUUACAAAAUUAUCCAAAAGAUUCAAUUAACGAAGAGAUGAUUGAGCAUUUACAGCCGUACUUUAGGAUGGAGGAUUAUAAUAUGGAUACAGCAAGGAGGGUUUGUGGUGACGUUGCUGGUCUUUUGUCAUGGACUAAAGCUAUGGCAUUUUUUCAUGGUGUAAAUAAGGAAGUUUUGCCAUUAAAAGCAAAUCUCACCAUGCAAGAAGCUCGAUUGAGGGUUGCGAUGGAAGACUUAGCAGGUGCGGAAAGUCAAUUACGUGAACGUGAACAAGCUUUACAGCAGGUCAAAGAAUGCUAUGAUGCUGCUGUGAGGGAGAAGCAAAGGUUAACGGACGCUGCGAAUGUGUGUUUAAGAAAAAUGAAUGCUGCAACCGCAUUGAUUAAUGGCUUAGCUGGUGAGAAGAUUCGAUGGACACAACAGAGUAAGGAGUUUAAGGAACAAAUUGGACGACUUGUUGGUGACGUUUUGCUUGCAACUGGAUUUUUGUCUUAUUGUGGACCCUAUAAUCAAGAUUAUCGAGCAAAUCUAAUGAAAUUUUGGAUGCAGCUAUUAAAAGAUAAGAAGAUACCGUACACGAUGAAUAUAAAUAUAAUUAGCAUGCUUGUUGACAACGCAACAAUUUCAGAAUGGACACUUCAGGGUCUUCCGAAUGACGAAUUAUCUGUACAAAAUGCCUUGAUUGUUACCAAAAGCAGCAGUUAUCCCUUGCUGAUAGACCCGCAAGGACAAGGAAAGAUUUGGAUAAAGACGAAAGAAGAUCAAAAUGAAUUGCAAACAACAUCACUUAAUCACAAAUAUUUCCGUACACAUUUAGAAGAUAGCUUGUCACUCGGUCGUCCAUUAUUGAUUGAAGAUGUGGGGGUCGAAUUAGAUCCUGUUAUUGAUAAUGUGCUUGAGAAAAAUUUCAUUAAGUCUGGUUCAAUAGAGAAAGUACUUGUUGGUGAUAAAGAGUGUGAUGUUAUGCCUGGUUUUAUGAUUUAUAUCACAACAAAACUACCCAAUCCAAUGUUUAGUCCUGAGAUAAGUGCAAAGGCAUCAAUAAUUGACUUUACAGUUACGAUGCGUGGUCUAGAAGAUCAGUUAUUGGGUCGUGUAAUUUUAAUGGAGAAAUCGGAACUGGAAUCAGAGCGUGUAAGUCUAUUUGAGAGUGUAAUGAAAAAUCAAAGGACGAUGAAGGAAUUGGAAGCAAAUUUAUUGUGUCGUUUAACAUCAACAGAAGGUUCACUUGUUGACGAUGAAGCUUUAAUUGAAGUGCUUCGUGAGACGAAAACAACAGCAGAAGACGUAAAUCAAAAAUUACAAAUCUCAGAAAUUACUGAGAAGAAAAUUAUGAAAGCUCGUGAGGAAUAUCGUGCGGUAGCAACACGUGGUUCCAUUCUAUACUUUUUGAUUGUUGAAAUGAGCAAUGUUAAUAUUAUGUAUCAAAAUUCGUUGAAACAGUUCCUUAACAUUUUCGAUAAUUCCAUUACAAAAUCAGCCCGAAGCAAUAUAACUGAGGAGCGUAUCAAUAUCAUAUUGCGUUAUUUGACAUACGAAGUCUGGGCAUUUACAAGCCGUAGCUUGUAUGAACGUCAUAAACUCUUGUUUACACUGAUGUUGGCAAUAAAAAUUGAUUAUCAUAAAGGAGUAAUAAAUCAUUCAGAAUUCAUGAGUUUCAUUAAAGGAGGUGCGUCGUUGGACUUGAAUGCUGUCACUCCUAAGCCAUUUAAAUGGAUUCUCGACAUAACGUGGUUGAAUCUUGUUGAAAUAUCAAAAUUAAAGCCAUUUGUUGAUAUUUUAAAGAAGAUUGAAAAUAACGAGAGGGAAUGGAAGAUUUGGUACGAGAUGGAGAGACCUGAAAAAGAGGAAAUCCCAUGUGGCUAUAAUCAACUCGAUGUUUUCCGCAAAUUAGUCUUGAUUAGAAGUUGGAGUCCGGAUAGGACAAUAUCGCAAGCUAGAAAGUACAUCGAAGAAUCACUUGGACCAGAAUACAGCGAAACGCAUAUUUUAGAUUUAGAGCAAACUUGGGAAGAAUCAGAGCCGAGAACUCCAUUAGUUUGUAUACUCUCCAUCGGUUCUGAUCCAACAAAUCAAAUCAUAGCACUGGCUAAAUUGAAAAAUAUCCCAAUACGGGCUGUUUCAAUGGGUCAGGGGCAAGAAUAUCAUGCUCGCAAAAUGAUGACGGAAUGUAUGGCAACAGGUGGAUGGGUUUUGCUACAGAAUGUUCACCUUUCCUUAAAUUUCUGUGCUGAAAUCAUUGACAUAUUGAUUGAAACCGAGCAUGUUCAAGAUACAUUCCGUCUCUGGGUAACGACCGAAGUUCAUCAAGAAUUCCCAAUUGGUCUUCUACAGCUUGCAAUUAAAUUCACCAAUGAACCACCGCAAGGCAUCAGAGCGAGCUUGAAGCGAACAUAUCAAACAUUUACACAAGACUAUUUGGACUAUACAUCAGCAUUUCAAUGGCCACCGCUUCUUUAUACGGUUGCUUUCCUUCAUACAGUUGUACAGGAAAGAAGAAAAUUUGGUCCACUUGGUUGGAAUGUUGGUUAUGAAUUUAAUCAAGCAGAUUUUGCCGCAAGCGUAGCAUUCAUCCAAAAUCACCUUGACGAAAUGGAUCCAAAGAAAGGCGUGUCAUGGCAAACAAUCUGCUACAUGAUUGGUGAAGUUCAGUACGGAGGACGUGUUACAGAUGACUUUGAUAAGCGCUUACUCACAACAUUCUGUGCUGUUUGGUUCUGCGAUCAAUUGUUAACGUCUAAUUUUGAGUUUUAUAGAAACUAUAAAGUUCCUGUUACCAAAAACAUUCAGCACUAUGUAGAUUAUAUAGCAUCACUUCCUCCAAAUGAUACACCUGAAGUUUUUGGAUUGCACGGUAAUGCUGAUAUCACGUUUCAAAUUAAUACUGCAAAAGGAAUAUUGGAUACGAUUUUGAGUGUGCAGCCAAAAGAGAGUGGAGGCGGUAGCGGUGAAUCUCGUGAAACUGUUGUAUAUCAACUGGCGGAUGAUAUGUUGAGAAAGCUUCCACAGCAAUACAAUGCAUUUGAAGUGAAGGAAUCAUUGGCACGAAUGGGAGCCUUUUUACCAAUGAAUAUUUUCUUACGACAAGAAGUCGAUCGAAUGCAGCGAGUCAUCAAGACAGUUUAUACAAAUCUAACAGAUUUAAAGUUAGCUAUUGAUGGUACGAUUGUAAUGAGUCAAUAUUUACGAGAUUCACUAGAUGCUAUGUAUGAUGCUCGCAUACCGGAACGAUGGCAAAAGAUCUCUUGGGAAUCAACAACAUUGGGAUUCUGGUACACGGAGCUACUUGAACGAAAUUCACAGUUCCGCAUUUGGUGUGCACACGACAGGCCAAAAGUAUUUUGGAUGACAGGCUUCUUUAAUCCACAAGGAUUCUUAACAGCAAUGAGACAGGAAGUAACUCGAGCUCAUAAAGGCUGGGCACUUGACUCUGUAAUUCUCCAGAAUCAAAUAACACGUUACAACAAGGAAGACAUCCAUGAUCCACCGGCAGAAGGUGUUUAUGUUCAUGGACUCUUUUUGGAAGGUGCAUCACUAGAUCGUCGCAGUGGAAAGUUGAUAGAAUCAAAAGCAAAAAUAUUAUACGAGCAAAUGCCAAUAAUUUACAUCUACGCCAUAAACACAACAGCUGGCAAAGAUCCGAAACUUUAUGAAUGUCCAAUUUAUAGAAAACCACAGCGAACGGAUCAAAAAUAUGUUGGAUCAAUUGAUUUUGAAACUGAUUUGAGUCCACGUCAUUGGACAUUGAGGGGUGUUGCGUUAUUGUGUGAUAUUAAGUAAAAAGUUUUUAAUGUGAUUUAUGGCUUGAAUGUGAACAUCAUUUUCGAGAUGUAAAAUUAAUAGGACAUGAAAAUUUUACAAAUCGAUGAAGGAAGACGUAGAAAAGAAAUAAAAUUUACAUGCACAACACAAUUUUUGUGACGUUAUUGACUUUUUGAAUUUUAUUUUGUGUUGAGAGUAGGAUGAAGGCUUGAAUGCUGUUGAGCGUGAAUAUCAUCAACAACUGAUAGUAGAGGUAGCAAAUGUGAGAUGGAAACAACCUUGAUGUGUCAUCUUGUCAAGAAUCUUGUAAUUUUCUUGCGAUAUGUGACUCCUUGGGGAAAUUUUCAUUUUCAUGUUUACUGUACAUUCUCGUACACGGAGAGGAAAGGAUAGACAUUUUAAAUCUGUAAUUAAAUUGAUAACACAUUAGACAUGUUGCGAGCAUUGGAAGUUCAUUAAAACCUAUAAAUUAUUACAUAAAACUGC